AUGUCUCCUUCCAUUUUGAUCGUUAGCACUACUGGCAAUACCGGUCGAGCCGUCACUCAAGCCUUGCCGAAGUUGCUCCAUCAAGCCGCACUUUGUCCGGCCACCCGCAUUAUUGUUCUCACUCGCUCCUCCGCCAAUCAAGUGGCAAAGGAACUUGCCAAACUUCCUGGGUGUGAAGUGAUAGAAGAAAACUGGGUGGAAAUCACCACCGAGUGGCUCCGCACAAACCAAGUCACUAGAGCUUUCAUUGCAUCCCACUAUGGACCAAACCAGUUUGCUGAAGAGUCGUGUUAG